AUGUCACCAAAAUUUGAACAAUCGGACGGUAAAGAUGUACCAUCUCCUUUCACACCCUACUCAAGAAAUAGCAAAAAGGCAUUUUUGACCUAUUCUCCUGGGAAGACAUCCUUUCAAGUAGGAUAUUUAGGAGCUGAUGAAUCAACAAUAGAAGGUGUAUUACAAUUAAAAUACACUGAAGAAAAACCAAUAUUCGCAAAGAAGAUUUCCCUUUCUUUCGUGGGAAAAGAAUAUGUUUUCUUUGCAGGUAGCCUAGAGGAAGGUCAAGAUGACAUUAUUAAAGAAGACGAUGAAAGUGCAUAUUUUGAAGACGAAGAUGAAUCAAGGAUCUCUACACAUACGGCAAAGCGUAAAUUCUUUUAUAAUAACAUCACGAUUUGGAGGUCACAAAGUAAAGGUCAAUAUGAUGCCAUAAAAUCUCUUGACUUACCUUUCAAAUUUAAGCUACCGGAUAUUCUCCCACCUUCGAUUUCGAUGGAUAAAGGAUGUGGAAGACUUUAUUAUAUGCUUAAGGCUGUUAUUUCAAGGCGGCACAUGAAUCCCAACUCAAGUAUUAAAAAGAAAGUCAUUAAAGUGGUGGUUCCCAUCACUCGUUAUACUAUCACUCCACAACCAGAACCUUCUCGUUGGUUUAUCAAGGAGGAUGGACCCGCAAAACCCCACGCUUUUGGAUAUGAUGUGUCCUUAACACAAACAACCUUUGGUCCAGGAGAAUCCAUCGUUGUUCCUGUAAAGUUAACUUUUCAUGAACCUCAAGUUUACUUCAAGAAAUUAUUCGUAGGAAUUAAAGAAUAUCACGAAUUGCGAUCAGACAAUUAUGAAACAUCAACAAAAAAAUAUAUCGUUGAAGAAACUGUACAUGCUAAUGACCUUCCAAUUUUAUCCGGACAAGAUAAUGAAUAUUUUAUAGAAGUAAAAUUAAAUACGCCUUCUGCAAGACAUUUGGUUUAUAGUCUAGAUUCAACUUACCUAUCAGUUUAUCAUAAGUUGAAAGUUAAAAUUGAUCUAGGUAAAGCUCCUGAUAUACAUAUUUCAAAAUUUGUUAAAGUUUUAAAUCUCAUUAGUGAAGAAGUAUUAUUACAACACAUGAACCUAUCAUGCAAAAUUCAAAAUCGUGAUCGUGCCGUAAAGAAACUUUCGGCACAAUUUCAACUCCAACUUCAAAUCACCGACUCGAAAAAUCCAAACAUGAUUUAUAAUUCGAGAUCUUUAUUUGUACCCACUUUUCAAACAAAAAGAGCAUCAACUCAAGCUUAUUAG